CUUCUUAACCCCAAACACAAACCAAAAAAAAAUACCAAAAAGAAAGAAAAAAAUACCAAUAAUAAUAUGGAUCUUCUCCUUCUCUUGUUCUCCCUUCUUCUCUCCUAUCUCUUCUUCAAGAUCUGGAAACUCAUAGACUCAAAACAAGACAAAGAUUGCUACAUCUUAGACUAUCAAUGUCAUAAACCAUCCGACGAUCGAAUGGUGAGCACUCAAUUCAGCGGAGAGAUCAUAUAUCGGAACCAAAACCUUGGAUUAACCGAAUACAAGUUCCUUCUCAAAGCCAUCGUAAGCUCAGGGAUCGGAGAACAAACCUACGCUCCAAGACUCGUCUUCGAAGGCCGAGAAGAGCGUCCUUCAUUACAAGAUGGAAUCUCAGAGAUGGAAGAGUUCUACGUAGACAGCAUUGGAAAACUCCUGGAGAGACAACAAAUCUCACCUAAACAAAUCGACAUCCUCGUAGUCAACGUCUCCAUGCUCUCCUCAAUGCCUUCUUUAGCUUCAAGAAUCAUAAACCAUUACAAGAUGAGAGACGACGUCAAAGUCUUCAACUUAACCGGGAUGGGAUGCAGCGCGAGUCUAAUCUCUGUAGACAUUGUCAAGAACAUUUUCAAGAGCUACACAAACAAGUUAGCUCUCGUUGCUACCUCGGAAUCUUUAAGCCCUAAUUGGUAUAGCGGAAACAACCGCUCGAUGAUUCUAGCUAAUUGCUUGUUCCGAUCCGGUGGCUGUGCUAUUCUCUUGACUAACAAGCGUAGCUUGAGAAAGAAAGCAAUGUUUAAGCUCAAGUGUAUGGUACGGACUCACCAUGGAGCUAGAGAGGAUUCUUACAACUGUUGUAUCCAAACGGAGGACGAACAAGGCCGUGUAGGGUUUUACUUGGGGAAGAAUCUACCAAAAGCCGCGACUCGAGCUUUUGUAGACAAUCUCAAGAUUAUAACACCCAAGAUUCUUCCCAUAACAGAGCUCUUGAGGUUCAUGUUAAAGCAUCUCAUCAAGAAAAUCAAGAUUCUUCAAAACCCUAGCAAGGGCUCUACGAAUCUCCCACCGGGAACUCCUUUGAAGGCAGGGAUCAACUUCAAGACCGGGAUCGAACAUUUUUGCAUACACACCGGAGGAAAAGCUGUGAUAGAUGGGAUUGGACAUAGCUUGGAUUUAACCGAGUAUGAUAUUGAACCGGCGAGGAUGACUCUUCACCGGUUUGGGAAUACCUCGGCGAGUAGUUUGUGGUAUGUGUUGGCUUACAUGGAGGCUAAGAAGAGAUUGAAGAGAGGAGACAGAGUGUUUAUGAUUAGCUUUGGAGCUGGUUUUAAGUGUAAUAGCUGCGUUUGGGAAGUUGUGAGAGAUCUCACCGUUGGAGAAGCAAAAGGGAAUGUGUGGAAUCAUUGCAUUAAUGAUUAUCCACCUAAAUCGAUUUUGAAUCCUUAUAUGGAGAAGUUUGGUUGGAUUCAAGAUGAAGAUCCUGAGACUUUCAAGAUCCCUGACGCUUUCAAUUUCAUGUAAAACGUUUCCGAACAAAAACGCAAACGCAAAAACAUUACAAAGGUGACCAUAUUCUCUUUCUUUUUUUCCUUUUUUUGUUUUUUUCCUCCGUUUUCCGUUAAUUAAAAUUUUACGUUUACGUGUUUUUAUUUUUUAAAGAAUCGGAUUGGAAAGGAGAUAUGAAUGUAAAAGAAACUUCGAUUUAGCUUUGCUUUUUCCUAUAAAUUUUUUGGUGUUAUAAUUUUUUGUUGAUUCUAUACUGUUAAAUAAUUUAGGAGCAUGCACUUCCAAUACGAUGAUAAUUUUUAUUAAUUUGCCAUCCUGUUGGAAUGCUACCUUCUUUUUCUUAUGUUAAAUAUUGUUGUAUCAUUUUACUAUUUUUUGUAUUAAUGUUUCAUUUCGACUUUAUUUUGUAAUCUUGUUUCGCAUUUACUGAAGCUUGUCAAAGUACAAAUUCA